AUGUCGUUUCAAGAGCAUCACAAUAGCAACAACAACAUCGACAUGAAUAUGAUGGUCGAUGCGUCGUCUCGGGCUGUGGCUGGCAAGGGAAAGAAGAAGAAGACGGCGCAUUUCAACCGGAAAAAUGGGAAUUUCGAAUCUAAAAUUUCAAUUUCAGAUCCUAAAACAACUAAUUUUGGACCUAAAAUUACGAUUUUUACGCCUAAAAAUAAAACGCGGACAUCCGGCGUUCAAGGUGAUUUUCAUCGUGUUCGCCCUGCUCACACUUCUCUCAAUCAUUAUGGCAUGUGUGUCAGUAAUCAUGAUGGUCACCUCAUAAACGACGAAGAAUGUCCAUUCUACAACUCGACACCCACACCAACACAUCCUCAUCGUCUUUCUCUCUCCUAUUUUCGCCCAAAAACCAAAAAACACCCAGAGGAGAACCAGAUGGAACUUUUCCUUCUUCCUCUUCCUCUUCGUCUCCUGACCAAGGCUGAGUACCGAACCAAGAAGCUGGAAUCUAUCAAAAAGGAGAUCUCGCUCGGCCUCAAAUUCCAGAAUCUGCUGGCUAUGCAUAAAAUCUGGACCACGAUGCCUGGCGACAUGCAACGUGGCAUUCUAGCUGCUCAACGAGAGGGAAGAGCCUAUGUGGCUCCAGAAGACAAUGAGCCAGCUGCCAAAAGAGCUAGAAUCGAGGAAUCCGAUUAUUCCAAAGUCACAUUCUUGCCACCACCCGUCGAGGAGCUUCAGGAGAUCCAACAGGACGCUCUUUUUUCUUUUGAUUUUCCUAUUUUUCGAUAUCAGUUUGUACUGUUUUGUAUGGGGACAUCCGGACAACGGGAUGUACAGACACAAAUGGACGGAAUUAGAGCAGGUCAACAGGGACCCCACUGUCCUCAGCUCUCCCGGCACCUUGUAGAACGGUCAUUGAUACAAAGGACUAGACCGAUUUAG